GGUAAUCACUUUGAUCAGUAUGAAGAAGGACACCUGGAAAUCGAGCAGGCGUCUCUCGACAAGCCCAUAGAAUCGGAUAAUAUUGGACAUCGCUUACUCCAGAAACAUGGGUGGAAGCUGGGCCAGGGAUUGGGAAAAUCUCUUCAGGGGAGAACUGAUCCAAUCCCCAUCGUUGUCAAGUAUGACGUCAUGGGCAUGGGCCGCAUGGAGAUGGAGCUCGAUUAUGCCGAAGAUGCUACCGAACGGCGCCGUGUCCUAGAGGUGGAAAAGGAAGAUACAGAAGAGCUGAGGCAGAAGUACAAGGAUUAUGUUGACAAAGAGAAGGCUAUUGCCAAGGCCUUGGAAGACCUCCGAGCCAACUUCUACUGUGAGCUCUGUGAUAAGCAGUAUCAGAAGCACCAGGAGUUUGACAACCACAUCAACUCCUAUGACCACGCACACAAGCAGAGGCUAAAAGAUCUCAAGCAGAGAGAGUUUGCCCGAAAUGUCUCUUCAAGGUCCCGAAAGGAUGAGAAGAAACAAGAGAAAGCCCUUCGGCGGCUCCAUGAGUUGGCAGAGCUAAGAAAACAAGCAGAAUGCGCACCUGGGAGCGGCCCCAUGUUUCGACCAACCACAGUGGCUGUGGAUGAAGAAGCAGGAGACGAGGACAAGGAGGAGUCGGCCACCAGCAGCGGCUCAGGGACCACCACAGGGUGCAGCCUGGGCCCCGAGCUCUCCACAGAGAAGGGGGGCCCCUUCACUGCAGUUCCAGGCACAGGCUCCACAGGGCUGCCACAGGCUUUGGGGCCAGCUGCCCACGGCAUCAGUUUCAGCUUUAAGAACAACCCGGGGACCCCACUGCAGAAAGUGGGGGUGUCGUUUUCUUUUGCCAAGAAGGCGCCCGUCAAACUCGAGUCCAUAGCUUCAGUUUUCAAGGACCACGCAGAGGAAGGAUCCUCUGAGGAAGGAGCAAAACCCGAUGAGAAAGGUUCUGACCAAGCGCUGCAGAAGGCUGGGGAUGCCGACGGGGGCGGGAACACCGAGGGCAAGAAGGACGACGAGGACCCGCAGGACAGCGGGGCCCUGGCCUCCACACUGUCCAAGCUGAAGCGGAUGCGCCGGGAGGAGGGCACCGGUGCUGCAGAGCCCGAGUAUUACCACUACAUCCCCCCAGCGCACUGCAAGGUGAAGCCCCACUUCCCCUUCCUGCUGUUCAUGCGGGCCAGUGAGCAGAUGGAGGGCGAGGCCGGCACGCACCCCAAGGGCACCCCAGACAGCAAAAAGAGUGGCUCUCCCAAGCUGAAGAGCUCUGCCAGGGUGGCCCCCAGCCAGGCAGUGGAGCAGGAUCGCAGCGAUGGCGCUGAACCACCCACGGAACCAAAGGAAACAGAGGAGGAGGCCUUGGUGGAGCCCGGGCCUACCCAGCCCCGGGGCAGAGCUGAGGUCAGGAAGAUCUCUUUGGGGUACGCUGGGGAACAGGGUGCGCCUGGAUCGUCAGAGGUGCAACCGUGUGAGCCAGAGCCCACCAAAGAACCCUGUGCACCCGGGGCCAACGCUUCAGGGAGGGACAGCCAAGAGGGCCCCCGGCACCCAACCGGGCCCUUCUUUCCGGUGCUGAGCAGGGACGAGAGCACGGCCCUGCAGUGGCCGUCAGAGCUGCUCAUCUUCACUAAGGCCGAGCCGUCUGUCUCCUACAGCUGCAACCCUCUCUACUUUGACUUCAAGCUCUCCAGGAACAAGGACGCCAGACCCAGAGGGGCAGAAAGAGCCAGGGACGCCCUCCCGGGCCCUGAGGCGGGAGCGCCCAGUGGAGACGCGGGCGAGCCCGAGACAGACACGGGGCUGUGUGCUGCUGCCCCCACAGGGCCCGAGCCGGGGGGCAGCCACGGCCCGGUGCCCCCGGACGUGGCGCGGAGCCUGGGGGGCCGGAAGGAACGGCCCGGGAGGGCGCACCGGCACAAGAAGAAGAGGAAGCAUAAGAAGUCGGGCAAGCACAAGCGCAGGCAUAAGGCCGACGCGGAGGAGAAGGGCUCCAGGGCCGAGCCCGGGGAGAAGUCCAAGAAGCGCAAGAAACGGAAGCGCAAGAAGAAGUCCACGGGCGGGGCCGACUCGGAGCGGGGCCCCAAGCCUGAACCCCCGGGCAGCGGCAGCCCCGCCCCGCCCAGGCGGCGCCGUCCGCCGCCGGAGCCGGCCCAGCAGCGGGGACGAGGACAGCGACGGCGGCGCGUCCCACCGGCCGCGCCAGGAGUCCCCGUCCCAGUACAGCGAGGAGGACGAGGACGAAGAGGAGGAGGAGGAGGACUCGGGCAGCACGCGCUCCCGCAGCCGCUCCAGAGGGCGCCGCCGCUCCUCGCGCCGCUCCUACUCCAGCAGCUCGGCCGCGUCCUCCGACCAGAGCGGCUACAGCAGGCCGCGCAGCUACUCGGAGGACAGCUACAGCGACUACAGCGACCGCUCGAGCCGGCGCUCCAAGCGCUCCCGCGACUCGGACGACUCGGACUACACCAGCCCCAAGCGCCGCUGCAAGCGCCGCAAGUACUCCUCCUCCGAAGAUGACGACGACUACAGCCUCAGCGGCAGCCGGUCCCACAGCCCGUCCCGGAGCCGGUCCAGGGAGCGCUCGCGGUCCCGCUCCUGCAGCAGCCACAGUCGCAGCCAGCGGCGCAGCCGCAGCACCACCGCGCACAGCUGGCAGCGCAGCCGCAGCUACAGCCGUGACCGCAGCCGCAGCACCCGCAGCCCUUCCCAGAGAUCGGGCUCCAGGAAGGGAUCCUGGGGCCAUGAGAGCCCCGAGAGCCGGCGACCUGGCCGCCGGGACUUUAUUCGCUCCAAGAUCUACCGCUCUCAGUCCCCGCACUACUUCCGGCCGGGCCGGGGCGAGGGCGUCGGGAAGAAGGAGGACGGCCGUGGGGAUGAGCGGAAGGGGUCGGGCCUGCCCCAGAGCAGCAGCGCCAGUGCGGGGAGAGGGUCGGAAAGUGACUGCAGCCCUGCUGAUAAGAACUCUGUCACUGCAAAACUGCUCCUAGAGAAGGUGCAGUCCAGGAAAGGGGAGCGGAAACCCAGCGUGGGCGAGGAGGUGCUGGCCACCCCUAAUAAGGCUGGGCACAAGCUCAAGGACCCGCCGCAAGGCUACUUUGGGCCCAAGCUGCCUCCUUCUCUGGGCAGCAAGCCUGUCCUUCCACUGAUAGGGAAGCUCCCAGCUACCCGAAAGCCCAACAGGAAGUGUGAGGAGUCAGGGGUAGAAAGGGGAGAGGAGCAAGACCAGUCAGAGCCGGAGGAGGGGCCCCCUGGGAGUGGGUGCCAGUUCCCCACGGGGGACACCGCUGGCCCCUUAUCUGACCCGACCCCAGAAGAGCUAAAAUCUGAAGCUCCUCCUGACCACCCUGUGGCUCCGCUAGAUACCCCGGCGCACUCUGACUGCUACCCUGGGGACCCAGCCAUUUCCCAUAGCUACCUCCCUGACCCCAGCGAUGGGGACCCCCUGGAGUCCCUGGAGAGCAGCAGCCAGCCGGGUCCUGUGGAAGCCCCCGACUCAGAGCACUUUCCAGGCUAUGCGCCCCCCAGCGGGGAGCCCAGCGUGGAGUCUGUUGAGGGGACGGAGGACGCCUCGCUGGCCCCCCUGGAGAGCCAGCCCAUCACCUUCACCCCGGAGGAGAUGGAGAAAUACAGCAAGCUCCAGCAGGCCGCGCAGCAGCACAUCCAGCAGCAGCUGCUGGCCAAGCAAGUAAAGGCUUUUCCGGCCUCAGCUGCCCUGGCCCCUGCCACCCCUGCCCUGCAGCCCAUCCAUAUCCAGCAGCCGGCCACAGCCUCAGCCACCUCCAUCACCACGGUCCAGCAUGCCAUCCUGCAGCACCACGCUGCUGCCGCCGCCGCCGCCAUUGGCAUCCACCCCCAUGCCCAUCCCCAGCCCCUGGCCCAGGUGCACCAUAUCCCCCAGCCGCAUUUGACGCCCAUCUCCCUGUCCCACCUCACUCACUCUAUCAUCCCCGGCCACCCUGCCACCUUUCUUGCCAGCCACCCCAUCCACAUCAUCCCCGCCUCCGCCAUCCACCCUGGGCCGUUUGCCUUUCAUCCUGUCCCACAUGCUGCUCUCUACCCCACGCUGCUUGCCCCACGGCCUGCUGCGGCAGCUGCCACUGCCCUGCAUCUCCACCCACUGCUGCACCCCAUCUUCUCAGGGCAAGACCUGCAGCACCCCCCCAGCCACGGCACGUGAGUCAGGGAUGGGAGCUUCCCGCCGAGAAAGGUGCCCCGAGAUUGUUCCCUCGGGGUGUGGAGCCAGGAGUGCCAGGUGAUGUGCACUGGGUGGGCAGUGUCUGGGAGCCAAAGAGCCAAGCUUUGGCGUGCAGGGCUGGGCUGGGGGUGAGGUUUGCUUUGGGUUUACUAUCAGGGAUUCCCCCUUUGUCCAUUCUCUGUCCUCCCUCUCCUGUGUCUCUAGCUAGGGAGGUCCCAUAAGUGCUGCCCAGCCUGUGCAGGGACACCUCCAGGUCGUCACCCUCAUGCAGUCCCCUCUUGCCUCUUUUUAUCCUACGCUUCUCCUUUCUAUGAACCUCAAGAUACUGUCCUGUCUCUGGCACCCGGGAGGUCACAGGCCCGUCCGCCCCUGCGUUCCUGGUGCCCCGCUGCUUCCCACCGUGAACGCUGCACCACCUGGGGGCCCUGCCUUCCCUGUCCCUCGGUGACACAUUGCCCAGGUGAAGCAGAAAGGAAAUAGGAUCUGGAACCGGAUGCAACCCAGCCGGCCACGUGGUCCACUUCCUGGCGCGGUAGACCUCUAGUCCCUCAUCCAAGAGGCCUCUGUGCAACCCAGGAAAGAGGAUAUUUUCCUGACCAGGCUGCGCCACCUUCGCCGGGUGCUCCUCAGGGCGGGCACUAGUGUCGGAGGGCGUAUCUUCUGUUGUGUUGAUGUUUCCUUCUUAAUUUAUAGAAUUUUUUAAUGUACAAAUUGCACUGAACUCUAUAAACGUAAAUGCUGCUUUUUGUAGCUCAUAUAAAAAGGUUCCAUAUUUGUAGUAUACUGCAAUAAUAUUUUUUACAUCCAGCUCUUUAAGUGAUCCUCGUUCUGGUGGCUUUGUGUAAAUAUGUUUGCCCUAGUUGAAUUAAGAAACUUUAAGGGUUAUAAAAUGAAAACAAAAAAAUAAAGUUUUUGUUUUCUGCUGGAUACAAAAAUGACUAAGCAUGUAUAUUUUAUCAAGCUCAUGUAUUCUUCGAAGUUAGGAACCAUGAAAACAUCAAAUGUCCCGUACUGUGCAGUAAGUGCUGCCCCCGCUCCGGGCACUGGUAGCGCGGUCUCCCUGGUGGGCGGGUGCUGCUGCUUCCUACAGCAAAGAGGAGACCCGCCACAGAGGGAACCCUGCAGCCUUCUCACUCCAGAAGCAGUGGGAUUCGGCCCGCCCGGGGCCCAGGGUCUCUGGGCAUCCCUCAGCCUUCCCAGGGCUUAGCCUCUGGCAGUUUCUCCCGUGUGCCUUUUGGGUUGGCUGGGACCUGAAGAGCAGCAGCCCAGAGGGCCAGAGCUGUGUGGUUUCUGCUCCUCUUCUGCUCGGACACUGCACCUCUUAGACUGCACACUGUGCGCCUUCUGCCCAGCAUGAUUUGGCAGAGCAGGCUUCUUCCUCUUCUCUUGGUCAGGGACGCUAGCUGAGGGUGCUUCCCACCUGCCCCUCUCUGACCCAAGGUGCUUGGGUUGCAGGCCCCAACGCCUUUGGUGUGUCUCGCCCCACCCCGUGGCUAGCACUGGCUGAGUGGUGUGCUGGUAGGAAAAAGGAGCUCCACUCACCCCAGCCAGGCCUCUGUGUUCUGCCUUACCCCCCAGGUUCUGCAGGGCAGGGAGUCGGCGCCGAGAAGCCCCCCACUUCCUACAGCGCCUUGUCUCCCAGGGAGGCAAGCACUCCAAACAGCCAGCGCUGGGAGAAGGGAGGGACCCACUUUUCUUCUGUCCGUGUGGUAAUGCACAGUACAGUAGUGACGUGUGCUGCUUCCCAUUAGCUUGCAGACUGGGCAGUGUGUAGUCUGGCCACCUCUGCCUUGCUGGGGCAGUUUUACUACAUUUCCAGAAUAGUGAUUUUAGAACCUGAAAAGAAAAAAUAAAAUAACCUGUCCUUACAAGCGUAACAGAUUGUAUUUAACCUCAUGGCAUAUGAUAGCGGUAUGUGCUGUAAAAUGAGAGAAAGGAGCUUUCUAAUAAACCAGCAGUCUGUGCAAACGUA